ACAGCUGAUUCUUUAUUUACCACUUAAUUUCGAAUGAAAACGACAGCAAAUAGUCGAUUAGAAAUUGCUGAACUAAAUAGAUAGAAGUUUGUGGCUACAGGAUGUUUGGGAACCUGAAAAAGAAGCUGAGCAGUGCGAUUCAGGAGGGCCUGGUGAUAUCGGAGAACCUGCAGCAGCAAUAUCGCCAGCGUGUCAGUUCCGGAAACAAUUCGGGGAGCAGCCAAGCCAGUGGGCUAACGACCCCCACCUCGCCACUGGGUCUCAACGAGAGUCUGUCGUCCAGCAGGAGCAGUAAUCUCUCCCUCAGUGCUCCCUUCCAGCUAACGGAUGGAGUGCCCAGCCAUCUGAAUGUGGCAGCCGGCUGCAGUUUGCUGGCCAAGUACGAAGAUGAUUGGCAGCAGAUCCACGGGGCCAAUGAGGAAAAUGCGGAAAAGGCUGCAGAGAUUGCCACCCAAAUCUCAGGUGUCCAGCUACGGGCCAGCAAUCAGCGCAGGAUCAUUAGCGAGCUGAACAGCAGUCUGUCGGGGAUUCCAACGUUGAUUGCUCAACUGCAAGCCAGCUCUAAGACCCUGCAGUCCUUGGAGCAAAUGGGCCAGCAACUGGAGGUUGAGCUGGAGAAACUGGAGGACCUGUGCGAGGAAUGCGAGCUCCAGGAGUUCAUCCUCGAGCAGCAGUUCCAACUUUCCCGACACAAGCAGCGGAAGCUCAACGAACUGGAGCAAUAUCGCCAGCAAGUAGCCUCCAAACACCAAGCCAAAAUCCAAGAUCAGGAGCAGAAGCUGCUGCAACUGCAGAGGGAACGACAGGCGGUCUUCGAUGAUGCCUUCCGUGGCGAUAUGGAGGAGUACAAACAGCGUGGCCAGCUGACAAAAAUACAAACCAAUAGCAACAGGUUGGCUUUAGAGGAGGUGGUCCUGGAAGCCAACGAAGUGGAGGCCAAGGACACGGAUGCCCUGGAGCAAUUUCUAAAUGGUUAAAUGGCCCACAACUCGAGAAUGUCUCCAAUUUGUGCCUUUAAGUGCAAUAAGCAGGUGUAAUUUGCUAAAACAUUUUAUAAGGGAUUCCAGAAAGAGCUUUAGAUUUGAUUUAAGUCUGAAUUCGUCGAAAGCAUUUCGUUGUUUCUAGCACAUUUACACUUAAAACCAGAACAAAGUUGCUACAUUAA